UUUCCCGCCAAAAUGCAAAAAAUUGAAGGUAUUUAAAUGAGAGCCCCUCUUUUGUUUGUGAGAGUGUGAAGGAGAAGUAUGGAAGACGAAGGAGAAGUCAUCUCACUCUCCGAUUCCUCCUCCGAUUCCAGUUCCAGCGACGACUACACUGCCGACGCACACGACUUGGAUCUCGGAGAAGAAGAAGAAGAAGAAGACCAAGAGCUCGAAAACGAACCAGAAGUUCAAAACGACGACGUACGCGAGAAUCGUCGGAGACCCAAGGCCCGCCCUCCCCUUCCGCCGCCAUCCGGAAAAGAUCGGAAAUCGAAGAAUGUCGAUGCUCUCCUCAGCGGCAACCUUGUGGUGAAAAGACAGCCUCUUCUUCCACGAGUUCUGUCGGUGACGGAAGGAGCAACAGUUUGUAGGAAACCCUUUAAACCACCAUGCUCCAAAGGCUAUGAUGAUGGAAAUGACCAGCUCGCUCGGCGUCUCUCAGCACGCAGACGGUUUGUUCCCUGGGGCGGUUCAUCAAGUGCACCGUUUUUUCCGGUUAUUGAGAGGUUUCCUAGUUUGCCAAAUGAUGCUGAGAAAGAUGUAGUGGAAGAGAUUGUGACACUGCCACCUGGAAUUGAUCCCUUGGUCUUGUGGCAACCUGAAGAAUUCGAGGAUGGGGAUGCUAAUAUGGUGCAGAUAGUAGUGGACCCUCUGCUUGUUCGUUUCCUUCGACCACAUCAAAGAGAAGGGGUUCAAUUCAUGUUUGAUUGUGUUGCGGGCUUAAAUAGUGCUGCAAAUAUACAUGGAUGUAUUCUUGCAGAUGAUAUGGGUUUGGGAAAGACAUUGCAGUCAAUCACAUUACUUUAUACCCUUCUUUACCAAGGGUUCGAUGGGAAAUCAAUGGUUAAAAAGGCCAUUAUAGUCACUCCCACCAGUCUUGUGAGCAAUUGGGAGGCUGAGAUAAAGAAGUGGGUUGGAGACAGAGUUUGCCUCAUUGCUCUCUGUGAAAGUACCAGAGAUGAUGUUGUUUCCGGAAUUGAUCAGUUCACAAGUGCUCGCAGCCGUUUGCAGGUUCUAAUUGUUUCUUACGAGACAUUCCGAAUGCAUUGUACAAAGUUUAGCCACAGUGAAUCGUGUGACCUUCUCAUAUGUGAUGAGGCUCACAGGCUAAAGAAUGACCAAACGAUGACGAAUAGGGCAUUGGCUGCUCUUUCAUGCAAGCGGAGGAUUUUGUUGUCAGGAACUCCAAUGCAGAAUGACCUAGAAGAGUUCUUUGCCAUGGUCAACUUCACUAAUCCAGGAAUCUUAGGUGAUGCUGCACAUUUUCGUCGAUACUAUGAGGCACCUAUUAUUUGUGGAAGAGAACCUAAUGCCUGUGAAGAAGAGAGGAAACUAGGUCUUGAGCGCUCUUCAGAACUCAGUGCAAAAGUUAAUCAGUUUAUACUGCGGAGGACUAAUGCACUACUUUCAAAUCACCUGCCACCAAAGAUAAUUGAAGUUGUCUGUUGCAAGUUGACUCCUCUCCAAUUAGACCUUUAUAACCAUUUUAUACAUUCCAAAAAUGUUAAACGAGCAAUCUCAGAAGACACAAAGCAAACAAAAAUAUUAGCUUAUAUAACUGCUUUAAAGAAGCUAUGCAAUCAUCCAAAGCUCAUCUAUGAUACUAUAAAAAGUGGAAGUCCAGGAACUUCAGGUUUUGAGGACUGCAUUCGCUUUUUCCCUCCACAGAUGUUCUCUGGAAGAUCUGGAUCAUGGACUGGCGGAGAUGGGGCUUGGGUUGAACUGUCAGGAAAGAUGCAUGUUUUAGCUAGGUUACUUGCCCAAUUACGAAAGAAGACUGAUGACCGUAUUGUCCUUGUCUCAAACUAUACACAGACACUGGACCUUUUUGCACAAUUGUGUCGAGAAAGAAGAUACCCAUAUUUGAGGCUUGACGGAACAACUUCUAUCAGUAAAAGACAGAAAUUAGUAAACCAAUUCAAUGACCCCUCAAAGGAUGAAUUUGCAUUUCUCUUAAGCAGUAAGGCUGGUGGCUGUGGUCUCAAUUUGAUAGGCGGAAAUCGACUGGUGUUGUUUGAUCCUGAUUGGAAUCCAGCCAAUGAUAAACAAGCUGCUGCUAGAGUUUGGAGGGAUGGGCAAAAGAAGAGAGUAUACAUUUAUAGAUUUUUGAGUACUGGAACAAUUGAAGAAAAGGUCUACCAGCGUCAGAUGUCAAAAGAAGGGCUUCAAAAAGUUAUUCAGAAGGAACAAGCCGAUAGCCCGAUGGCACAGGGGAAUCUUUCAAUUGAGGACCUACGCGAUUUGUUCACAUUUCAUGAGAAUGUGAGGUCUGAUGUGCAUGAGAAGAUGAACUGCAACCGUUGUCAAACUUAUCAUGAUACACCUCAGAGUACAGCAGAGGGAGAUAUAAACCAAUCAACUUAUAAAAGCAGCGAGUCUGCACCAGAAAUCUCUGAUAUAGGUGGAUUUGCAGAAAUUACUGGAUGCUUACAGAAGUUAAAGAGCUCAGAAAAGCAGAUCGGGACACCUCUAGAGGAAGAUUUAAGUAACUGGGGGCAUCAUUUCUUCUCUACUUCAGUACCCGAUGCUAUUCUCCAAGCUUCAGCUGGUGAUGAGGUCACUUUUGUUUUUACAAACCAAGUGGACGGGAAGCUUGUGCCUAUAGAAUCAAAAGCAAGUCCAAAGAUGCAGGGAGAAGAAGGAAAAGAGAAUAUUUUCAAAUCAAAGCAAAACCUGAAUCAGAAAUCCAUGCUAAUGUCUUGGCAAAGAAAACCACUUGAAUCUCUUUCUUCGAGUGUAAAUACUGCCAGAAGCACAUUAUCAGCCCCUUUCAGGCCCUUGCAAAACACCACUGUGCAAUCAGGGAUAACCUCUUUAAAGGGUUCAGUAGCAUUGAAGCCUAAACUCUCUCUUGGAAAUCGGUUGCCCCAGAAAAGAUCUUCUCCUGAUACUGUUGAACAUGAUGAUGAUUUUCAGUAAAUCUUACUAACAGUUAUUAGCAUUGUUAAUAUGUGAUUGUAUUUCUAGAGAUCAACAAAUUAAGGUGUCUCACAUCAUUUUACAAUUAAAACUAGGCUGAAUCAUAUUAUGGUGACCCCCUAGAUUCUGUUGUAAGGAUGCACUCAAAUUAUCAUAUAGUUUUUCGUUACUUGUAAGAAACAGAAUAUGGUUUCUAACUUCA